CUCCCUGCCAACCCCCUGCCAGCCACCAGUGUGGGGCCAGGAUUCCUCACGCGCUCUGGCCGCACAGUGUGUCUGGACUGAGACCUCUGGGUCCCGCUGGGCGAGCUGGCUGCCGGCUGCCCUGUCCUGGCCGGCUCAGGCACCGUGGGGGCAGAGGAAGGCUGGACGUGCCGCUCCCUGCGGACGGGUCCCUGGAGGCCCGACGACCCCGGGGACGUGGGCUGCUGCUGCUCCUCUGAGGGCCCCCUCUGGCCACAACUUGCUUGCUCAUGGGGGGUUUGUUCCGCUCUUCAGGACAGUGGCGGCCCUGUCUCCUCUGAGAAGAUGUCCUAUGGCUCCAUUGCUGGCAGCAGCGGCCUGGAGAGCCGUGGCCCUUUCGGGGGGCCCUCCAGACAAGGCUAUCGGCCCCUAGGGCCAGGGCUCACCACUGACAGUGGCGGGACCCUGGAGCCUGCCUUGCUGCCUGCCGGCCUGAAGAGGGACUCGGCUGUGAGAGCCCAUGGCCGGAGGAUGGGGCCCAGCGCCACCCGGGCCAAGAAGAGGAAGCCCAACUUCUGCCCGCAGGAGACGGAGGUGCUGGUGUCCAAGGUCAGCAAACACCACCAGCUGCUGUUCGGCACCGGGCUGCUGAAGGCUGAGCCCGCCCGCAGGUACCGCGUGUGGAGCCGCAUCCUGCAGGCCGUGAAUGCCCUGGGCUACUGCCGCCGCGACGUCGUGGACCUCAAGCACAAGUGGCGGGACCUGCGGGCUGUUGUGCGGCGCAAGCUGGGCGACCUACGCAGAGCGGCCCCUGGCCCCGCCGAGCCCCGGGCCCUGGCCCUCACGCCCGUGGAGCAGGUGGUGGCCGAGACCUUCUCCUGCCAGGCCCUGCCGUCUGAGGGCCUUGACCUGGAGCCGCCCAGGGCCACCCAGAUGGACCCGAGUGACCUCCAGGAGCUGUUCCAGGAGACGUCAGCCAACGUCUUCAGGAUCAACUCCAAUGUGACCUCUUUGGAGCAGAGCCUCCGGUCCCUGGGGAUGCCGAGUGACACGCAAGAGCUGCGGGACAGCCUGCAUGCGGCACAGCAGGAGACCAACCAAACCGUUGCAGCCAGCACCAGCGCCCUGAAGCAGAUGGCCGAGCUCCUGCGGGGCUGCUCCCGGCAGGAGCGCCUGCAGCUGGACUGCCUGAAAACUCAGCUCUUAGAUGCCGUCCAGCGCUAUGGAGUGGUGCAGAAGGUGAGGCACCUGCAGAAAAUUGCAGAGAAGUCCAGAGCCCUGCUUCCCACGGCACAGAGGGGUGGCAGACGGCAGCAGAGCUCCCAGACCCCUCUUGCCGAGCUCGCCGAGGACGAGAAGAUCUUUAAUGGGGGCGACAGCGUGUGGCAGGGCCAGGAGCAGGUGCUGCUUCCGGAGAUCACCGAGGAGGACCUGGAGGCCAUCCGGCUGCGCGAGGAGGCAGUCCUGCAGAUCGAGAGCGACCUGCUGGAUGUGAACCAGAUCAUCAAGGACUUGGCCUCCAUGGUGUCAGAGCAAGGAGACGCCAUCGGGUCCAGAAGCAGCCAAGCCACAUGCCAGCGGAGCUCCAGCCCCGAGCCGGCCAUGGCGGCCCUGCUGUCCGGGCCGGGCUGCGUGCCCCUGCGGCCGAGCUCCCACUCCCGCACCAAGACCCGGAAGCCCAACUUCAGCCCCCAGGAGACAGAGGUGCUGGUGCAGAGGGUCACGCGCCACUACCCGCUGCUGUUCGGGGCGCUGCGGGGCCCGCCCGCCCGGAAGCAUCGCGUGUGGAGCCGCAUCCUGCAGGCGGUGAACGCACUGGGCUACUGCCGCCGGGACCUGGGCGACGUCAAGCACAAGUGGCGGGACCUGCGCGGCGUGGUGCCCCCGCACGGUAGUCAGAACCGGCUGAUCAGGGCCCGGACACCCAUGGCCAGCGCGCAGAGGAGGGUGUUCGCAGACCCCGUCACGCUGUCUUCACAGCCGCUCUAUAGUAUUGAAGCCGGCCUUGAGGCUGUGUCCUCACACACAGAGGCGGCCAGCGAGCUCCUGGCCGGAGCCAGCCGGCACCAAUACCGGAACCCCUGGUGGGCUCAGGCCUACGUCCAUCGAGGGGUCAGCAACCGCCCUCUGCUGGCUCCCUACUGCUCACUGGCCCUCUGCUCUGUGCUGCGCCCUGACAUGCAGAGAUGGACCCCGCAGAGCCUGUUCCUCUGGGAGCCAGACGAGGAGGACGAGGCCCCCAGCUGCCUGUGGCUGCCCCUGCGGACACUGGAUGGGCCGAGCCUGCCCGAAGCCGACCCCCUGGACCUCCGAGGAGCCUACCCUGCUGCCACUUCCUCACCCUCUCCACCCGCCUCCCCAGCCUCAGCGCCCCCGGCGGCCGCAUUCCCUGGGGCUUCCCGGCCCUCGCCACCCACCUCUGUAGCACCCCAGCCCUUGGGGAAGCCCGCGGUGGCCGAGGCCUCAGAGUUUGAGCGGAGGCUCCUGGACUCCCAGCGGCGACAGGGUGCCGUGCUGCGCUCCUGGUCCCAGCAGCAGAGCACGCUGAUGGCCCAGCAGAAUGCACUGCUGCAGAGGCUGGCUGAGCAGAGCCAGAGGCUGGCCGACGGCGUCGAGGCCCUCAACCGAACGCUGGAGAGGCUGGUGGAGGCCCGCCCGGCCCUGGGUGCCUCGCCCCCCAUCCCUGACGGCCCCCUUGGGGGCGGAACAGCCUGUGGGCCGGAUGGAGCCCCCCAGGGCACCCCCACGGGCCUGGAAGUCUUCUCAGGGAUGAUCCUGAAGGUGGAGGAGGAGGUCUAG